UAUCAAUAGGCUAAAAUACCGAUUUCAGUCUGAUUAGAAAGGACGCGUUGAUAUGAAGGAAGCAUAGAUAUUUUCUGAAAACGAAGACUUUUUCAGAAAACGAAGACACAGUAUGGUGUUUCAGAGAGACAUCGAAGUUCUAUGUAAAUAAUAGAGUGAAAAUAAGGUUGUGAUUACGAUAUCUUCUCAAUAGGGAAUUAUUUUGUAUUUAAUACAUCAGUAACAGAAUACCAUGUGCGACGGCCAUGAAAAUCUCUCAAAUCAACAAUACUGUUCUGAAACACAUAUCUUUGAGUUCUGCGAUUUUUGCACAUGUUGGAAAACGAAUUGGCAUUUAUUCCUUAGUGCCACUUCUACAGUACACUGAUGGGAAACCUUAUGCAUAUUGGUCUUGAAAUAACAUUAUUCAUUGGACAUAUACCAACACACAAGCCUGAGACACGCAAUUUUGAAUAAUCAUGGAAGAAAAAAAUAAUUUUCAUAGACUUGUUGAGUUACAUUUCGAUUGCUGUAUCCUAGCACUGCGGGAAUUUUUACAAUGGGAAUUAUCGAAUAAUGGGUUCACAAUACAAUCUUUCUUAAAACAGAAAGACAUGCUCAUCUGGGUAAAAACCGCGAAGUUGUUCAAAGAGCAAGAAGCAGUGCUUUCAAAUCCAAAUGUGACGUAUGACAUGCUGGAUAUAACGCUUGCAACUCGACUGAUUAUUGAAAAGUGUCGACCCCAAGACGCCAGUAUUCUCAAAGCUGUAAAGGACCUUCGAAAAUCACGCAACAAUAUAGUACAUACCACAGAUGCAAAGAUACAGGGAACAGCGCAGUUCAAUGAAGCAUGUAACGCGAUAUUUACGAUUGCUGCUGUCUUGAGCGCUAAAAUGAAGCAAACUAUUAAGUGUAAAAUCAGCGCAAUACAGAACAAAGAGAUUGUCAAGACAUGCACCAAUAUGGAGAAAAUAAUGUUGAAUGGAGAAUAUUUUAUGAUAAAAUUGGUUGAAUCAAGUGAUGUUGAAUCAGAGAGCCAAGACGGGAGGUUAACACUUAUGAAGUUCAACAUGACAAAAUGGAUACGCCAAUUGUCUAGAAUGCCAAAUGUUAAUACAUUUUUGAAAAGAUUAAAAGACGCCAAUGUUAUAACCGAGGCACAUAUAUCUGACAUAGAACACGAAUAUAGCUACGGUAGCCAAAUGGAGAAGCUAAUAUUGAUCGUACAGCAAAGUGUAGAGAGCACGACACUAUACCGAUUUUGCAAGGAACUUCGGAGCAUGCAUGCGCAGUUGGCAGAUCUGAUUGAAAACAAAAAUACAGAUGGGAAAGAAACGGAUGAAUACUUGCGACAGGUCGAGCAAGAGUUCGUGUUAAAUUUUCUUCGUGAUAAAUUGAUAGAAUGUCCCAACUGUCACAUUUCUUGUGAGGAAAUUCAUAUUGCUUUAGAAGACGAACUCCGUGGAUAUUUGGAAUUUGCAGUCCUUAAAACACAUUUCCUACAGAUAUUUUCGAAAAGUACUUUCGUUGAAGGAGACACAAGCUUUAGGGACGUAACAUGGAAGUCAUCGCCUCUUUCCAAACAACAGUCACACAAAGAAGGAAACGAAACGGUCAACUUUGUAACAAUGAAAUUAGACGAGUUUGCCUCAUUUGUCGGGAACAUGAUGGGAGCUAUAAAACCAGAACUACGAGAUAUUUUCCAAACAGCAAUAUGCGACGAAGCCAUAACUGCAAACACUUUUGAAGAAAUGGAAUCAUCCGAACUGAAAGAAGUUUUCACUGGAUAUUUAGGAAGCAUCAAAUAUGGAAAAGGAAUUGACCAUUCACUUAAAAAACUUCAAAAGGAUAUCAAAGAAAAUAAACUGCGCGCAGGAAUUAAAACAAAUACUAGACUACAACAGCUACGCGAGUUUGAUCGGCCUAGCUAUACAUUAGUAUACUCCAAAGGUGCAAUUGUAAAACCACAAACAGGUAAUUUGUUGGUUCCGGUUCACGAAUUUCGUUCAUUAAAUGUUCCUAGCAAACACUGGAUUGCAAAAGAAACUUUGCGUUUUCUCGCGGCCUGUAUGAAUGCACGCAAGAACGGAACCUUACACUUUGGAAUUAGGCCAGGUGGUGAUAGAUGUGGGACUAUUGUAGGCAUAGACAUCAUGAACGCGAAAGAGGUUGACGAGGAGAUAUCGAAAUGUAUGAAACUGUGCUUUUAUGGCGAGCAUUUGCCUUUCCUUAUGUCCUGUAUUCGCCCAAUCCAGGUUAUAGCCAUUGAAGACAGUGAAAAUGUUGUUUAUGAAAUAGAUGUCGUACCGUCAUCACUAUAUGCCUUUGAAGAGAUGAUUCCCUUGAGGUAUCCACCAAAAGGACCACAAAAUGAAGUAACAUUCGUUUAUGAUCAGAAUAGUUUGUGUGAAAUUGUAUCAAUUGGUAGGGACACGUGUAUGUUUACUGACGUAGAGAAUGUAUACAAAAUGCGAUUACAAGAAAGAAUUAUAAUUGAAAGCAAGGUCAAUGGAUUCCUCAUUGAAACAUCGGAAUUAAGAACAACACUCAUGUCGAACCUUACAGGAAAAGGAAGCAAGUAUGUUACAGAUGAAUACAUUCCCAUUAUUGUAAGCGGAAACAUGAGCGAUCAGGUUGAAAUUUGGAAUGACAUCAGUAUGGCAUCAGCAUUUUCUUCCGCAAAAUUCGUUCUUGACUUUGAUGCCUCUCCUGAUCUAAGGAAAGACGUCGAAACUGACAGAUCUGUCUUUACUGUAAAGACGGCAGAGAAUUGUCUAGAUAAGGUUCAGAUCGAAAACACCAGUAAUCCAGUUUGGGUGUAUUGUAACGGAAAUACAGAGAUUUCACAACCAAGGAUGAAGUUAAAAUCCUGGACAAAAUCACGACUUGCUGGCGUAAAAAGUUGUUUGGACACAAUACGGAUGUUUAUUCCUAAAGGCAGAGCACGAAUAUUAUUUCUUUUGUAUGGCGAGUUGACAGACCAAGAACCUUUGUUUUACAUAGCAAGAGAAAUGUUGGCAUCGACUUUUCAGGACGAAUGUAUAAUAUUGACCCAACAUGCCGAUAACUGCAAAGAACUCAGAAAUGACGUUGCUAGACAAGUUGGGGACAACGAAAUUGACAGAUGCAUUCUUGUUGGUCACGACUGGAAAUUUUUGUCUGAUGUCGUGCGGUCGGUAUUUCGACCGACUUCAAAUGUUGUUUGCAAAUUGCCAAGUAGCUCAACGGCAGUGGUUGUAGAAAUGACAAGCAAAGAACGCACUGACCUGAAACUCACCGAUAUUGAUAUUGUGAGCGGUGAAGAAUGUGAAAUUGAAGCUGAGAGGAUGAGUGACAAAGAAUUGCAAGAAAAUGAACAAGAACAUCAGAAAAGGUUUUACAAAGGUAGUGGUACAUCAUGGUGGAACUUUUAUUACAAUAAUCAAGUAGGAGAACGCAACUGCUAUAGGAGACAUUUAGAGGAUAUAAACAAAGCUCUCAGGUGCAAUAAAGGUGAGCAGCUUCUUGAAACACACGAAAUAAAACAUCAUCCAGGUGCAGGAGGAAGUACAUUAGGAAUGCACCUUAUCUGGCACUUCAGUCAAUUUAAAAGAUCACCGCAAAAAGCUUUUAGAUGUUGUGUUGUGAAACAUAUCUCCGACAAAACAAUAGAACAGAUAGAACGAUUUCGAAACUUUAAGGAUGUCGAAGACGCAAAACCUAUUAUACUUCUUGUUGACAACAAAAGUGAAGAUUCCGUUAUCUUUCUAAAAUCAAAAUUACAUGAGCUGGCGUAUAAAACAGGAACACCAGGAAAGUUAUUUGGCCUUAUUAUAUUGAUAGGUAGAUGUCCUAUUUCAAAGGGGAAAAGUCAACUUGCUGAUGAUUAUAUUUUAACGCAUUCUUUGAAAGGAAAGGAAAUGUUAUGGUUUGACAAGAAAUACAAUGAAUUAGAAGACAAAAGUGGCAUCGACGUUAAAACUUUAAUUGCAUUCAACGUCAUGAGAAAUUCUUUUGAUGAAAAAUACAUUAUGGAACUAACAGCUAACAUCUUGAAGGAUGUGACUGACCUUGAGAAAGAAGUUUUAACAACCUUAGCAUUAGUUUCAUCAUACGAGAAUGAUCACCCAAUACCGCAAAGUGUUUUUGAUAACAUGAUGAAUGAACAACAAGACAUAGAUAAUUUAAUUAAAUUACCGUUCGGUAUUGCACAUACACGCAGGGAAUUAGAAAGCUUAUCUUUGCAUAUAACAGUAUGGAACAUGAAGGUGUCUCCUGCAAUGGAUCUGCUUAUAACUAAACGGGAAACUGAUCAAAAUAUAGGGGGCAUUUCAAUUAUAUCACAGCCCCUGGCAAGAGCAAUAAUUUCGUCCAUAAUGUUACAACAGAACAAACCAUUGGAAUACAUUGUCAAUUUUGUUUUAGAUUUAGUGGCUCAGCAUGCUCAUGAAGCGAAUCCAAUGUCAAAACUGUUUGUUAAAAUUGUCUGUAGUCUCUUCAAAACAAGGCAAGUCGAAGAAAUUGACAAUAGAGAAACACGACUAAAAUUCUCUGAUCUUGUGUUGGACUUAGAAAAAAAGGAGACUGAACAUCCGAGACAAACAGUGCUAGAAACCAUGAGCCGGUGUUUCGAUAUAACAAAAGAUGCCAUGGUAGGUCAGCAGCUAGCAAGAUAUAAUAUAUUCAUUAAAGAAUUUAAAGAAGCAGAAAAUGCGAUACAGAGGUCAUUAGCAAUCAAACCCGACAACUCCUAUCUUCUUGACACAUACGGACAAAUAUUCAAAGCACACAUGGAAAAUGUACUAGAAACACGGGAACCAAUUGACAACGAGAAAGCCACUCACAUUAUUGAAUUGGCCUUUUCGGCAAUCGAAAAGUUUAAGGAUGGACAAAAGGCGGCAAUAAAGAUGGAAGGCGAUACGAAUAUGAGUUGUUUUCACAUGGAAGUGAAAACAGCAAUUACUUUGCUAGAACAGUUUCACCGGUUUGAGUGUUGCAAAGAACGUGUUCAACUGUGUAAUUAUCUCCAGCAAAAAGAGGAUAACAUUAAUGAGUCUCCUUUUUUUGAGUUACUUCAAAUGUGUCAAAAGCUUGAACAUGUGAGGUGUGGGAGCGCAUGGCAACAACAUUUGGAGCAAUCUCUACGUUCACUUGAAGAAAAGAACUAUCAAAUCAAAAGAUUUCUUUACACGGUACCACACGAUGAUGAAACACUGUUAUUAAAACUGAGAGAACGAUACGAACGCUUUUAUGGAGGACAAGUUGAUAAGUAUCAGUUUACAUUUGGCCUAGGCUUGAAACCACUUAUGAAUGCUAUGCAGGCGAAAGAGCAUAAACACAGGGAGGCACUAGAAAAACGGGUCAAUGAAGCCAAACAUAAUUUAUCAGGGAAUGUUUUAAAACAGACGACAGACAUCCGUGAUCUACUUGUUUACGUCGGGCACAGCAUUAUAACGCUCUGCAAUAGAUCCAGUAAAUCAAAACGCUCUACAUGUGAUACAAGAGAAUACAUAACUCUGUUGAACUACAGUACCAAGUUAUUGACAUUGCAAAGGGAAAAGCAGUUACCCAGAAAGUAUCUUGAAGCAUACUUAUACUUUGCAAUGCUGCAUUGGCCACUGCUUCGAAGGACUCAGAUAGACUCGGAAUGUCUUGUAAGCGGGAGCGUUUAUGAAGAAGUCAUGAAAGAAUGGGAUACCGAGUACGACAAGAACCAUUUCAUUCACACAACAGAACAAUCCAGACUGAAGAAACCGAAGAACUACUAUGCGUUGGGAAAGGGUCCAGCCGGAAAUGAUAUUGUUGAUUUGGAAUCAAUAAGAAAAGAAUGGAUGGAUCGAAAAAAGACGAAUGGAAGAACACGGCCGCCAGUGUUUAAGGAUUAUUUUUGGAGAGAAUCGUUUGUGGAGGACGAAUUACAGCGACUAGAUGGAAUUGUUGAUGGAAAUGGUCAUCUUAUUUCACACACGGCCGAUUACUCCAAUAACCGACAACAUACGUUCAAAAUAAAAACGUACUACCCUUGUGACGGGCUAAGCAACAGGCCGGUGACCUUUGUGCUUGGAUUUACCUGGAAGGGCCCGACUGCCUUCGAUGUCAGAGAGACAGAAUCAUCACCUCAUAUUGAUAACAUCCCUACAUCGGAUUCUCGAUCGGGUGUCGCAGAAUUUGACACCGCUGGAAAAUAUUCCCAUGAUGUUUGUAAAUUGACAGCAUCAGCGGCAGCACCAAGCGCACAGGAAUUAACAAUUUCUGGAAGAACCGAGACAGUCUCAAACAGUGCCAAUGAACAGAAUGCGUCAGGGUCCGUCAAUAGAAAAAAGAAGAAGAGGAAGAAGAACAAGAAAUAAUGUUCACUGGUAAUUUUUCUUACUGGGAAAAUGAUAAACUUUGCAAUAAUAUAACUGAUCUUGCAUAUUAGAUCAGAAUUGAGAUGUGUAUACCUUUAUUGCUAUGUGAAGGAGCGAUUAAUCUAUAGACUUGUUGUUAAAACUGUUGAUGUUUUUUAAACCUAUUAAUUUUAUAUGCAAGUAUAGCUCAUUAACUUUCCUGCGGUUAUCAUUAUAAUCAUGGUAUUUUGUGUUAAAAUUAAGUUGUUUGUUUUUCUGAGUCAAAAUGUUUUAUUACGAGUUGUUUGAAUAGGAUUUUCUCAACUGUAUGGUUAAUACGUAAGCAAUUUUUUGCCGUUGGGAAAUCUUAACAAUCUCAUUUUUAAAGCCUUUCAGUUUAAAGGAAAACUUAAAAUUUAAACUAUGUAUAGCUGCCAUAAUGGUGGUUAAUUGUUAUGUGCGUGCGUCCGUCUGAUUAUUUUUCGGAUGGAUUUUAACUUAAGUUGCAGUGUCAAUUAAAGGCAUUAUAUAGCUUAUUUGCACAAGUCAUUUUUUUCAAGACAUCUUAAAAUAACUGGAUACAAUUGAUCACCAUGUUGAGACAGCGUUGAAUGAACAACACCUCAACGGUCUUAAUAAAUGUGAAAUGUGAACUAUAGGGAUAAUGUAGUUGGUUCGGACUAUUAUAUUUUAUCAAGAAUGUUUUUAAUGAAUUGCAACCAAUUUUUAAUAUCACCAUUUGGAGACGAUGUUUGUCAAAAUGUAAAAUGGAUCAAAGGUCAACGUCACACAAACAGGUCAAACAUGGACAACAUAUACCUUUAUAUGUGAAAUGUCAAACCUACAGGUCAACUGCCUAUCAUGUUAAUAAUACAUCUGCCCGGAUUUUGAUGCAAUUCCCAUGCAGACAAUUUUAAAACAAUUUUCCAAUCUGGAAAUUUGAAAGUGAAGCUUUGGAUAUUCUUUACCAGCUGAAAUGAUUUUCUUGUAUAUAAUAUGCUAUUGUGAAAUUAUAACAAGCAUUCUAGAAACAAGUUGCAAACAAAACUUUUUACUUACGACUAAUGCACUUUUUAGUUAACAUAAAUAAUUGUUUAUGAUCGUUUGAACUUUUCAUGUGAUAAUCUAUUUAUAAUCUAUUUAUUUGACGAUUUAUUUAUAGUGCGUUUUAUUUAUAUAAUUUUCGGUGUGAUAGUAGGUGUAUGUGUUAUACUGUUCCAUGCGAACUAAACGCAAAACAAUACACAUUAUUGUUUUAUGUAGGCUUGUUUGAUGCAGAAAUGUUGUUCAUCAGACGCAAUAUUUGGAUGAGUUACAUAAACACAAUUGACUAUAUAAUUGAUGGUAAAGUUCAUAUAUUUGUGUUUGUAACUUA